AUGGCUACACAAAAAGAACAGCGCUUAAAGAUUUUGAACGCAAAAAAGGAGCAAUAUUUCGCUGGUCUUCAACGCUUGUAUGAUAAUAGUAGGGACAUUUCAACGACUGAGAAAGUUGCAUAUUUUAAGAUGAGGUACGCAUCAUUAUCAGAAACCAAAUCCAAAUUAUUAGCAGUGGUAGACGAGAUCAAUCUUUUGCAAUGCGAGUUAGAUGAAGAAUUCGUUCCUAACUUUAAACUUAUAGAAACCAUUGACGAUUUAGUUUGUCGUAUAGAAUAUGUAGCAAUCAAGGUUAUCGAUAGUUACAGUACCCGUCCUACACCCGCUUCCACGGUGCGUCAAGACCGUAAAUCAAUUCGCAAAUUACCCGAAAUGCCUCUGCCUAAAUUUAGUGGGGAUAGUAAAGAAUGGCCUAGGUUUAUAGAAUGUUAUAAUAGUAUGAUCCAUAAUAAUCCCGAUUUAAGUGACGUUAAUCGCGUUCAUUAUUUGCUUGGUUGUCUAACAGAUAACGCCCUUUCGGUGUGUUCAGGUAUCGCACCUACAGGAGAAAACUAUAGAAUAAUUCUCAAUGCACUUAUAGAUAAAUACGAAGAUAAGCGUUCUAUAGCUAAUUCUCUUUUAGACCAAUUACUUACGUUCAAGCAGAGUUCAACAGAAAAUGUACAGUCAUUAGAUUCAUUUCUAGAAAAAUUUGAUCCAGCCGUAACUGCACUUCGCAAAAUUGAAAUACCAGACCUAGCAGAUUAUAUUUUCGCCUACUUAGCCCUUCAAAAACUUAAUCCAGAAACACAACGCUUGUUUGAAAAUACCCGUAGAAAUGUGGAAAUGCCCUCUUAUAAUGAUAUCAUCAUUUUUAUAAAGGAGCAGGCAAAAAUUUGUUCAAGAACUAGUAGUGUAGAAACAAAAACGUUUAAUAGCCAUGCAAAGGGUAAUUCCACCCCGAGCAACAGAUAUAAGCCAACUCAUACGUUUAUCGCCCAGAAAAAUUCGCCCCCAAAGUGCGCAUUUUGUAAGAGUAGUGCUCAUGGUCUUACAGCUUGUCCGAAGUUUUUAGAAAAGACUCCCGAAGAACGCUACAAAAUUACACGCAGUAAUAAUUUAUGUUUAAAUUGCUUAGCCUUUCAUAAAAUUAUUAAUUGCAAAAGCAAUUAUAGUUGUAGAAUUUGCAAUCUCAAACACCAUACCUUGCUACAUUUUCAACGCCAAGUCGAGUCGAAACCUUCCGAUAGUAAAUUAGAAAUUGCGAUAACAGAUAGUUCGCUUCGCAACACUCAUUCCUCCAUUGGUAGUGGAACUUCCUCUGAUAGUGCUAAUUCUUCUUCCUUGAACUGUUAUUCAAUCACCCCUAAUAACGAUAUUUGUAAUAGUACGGUGUUACUUUCUACGGCCAAAGUUAACGUAUUAGACGUCUUUGGGAAUUUGCACGAAGGUAGAUUUUUAAUGGAUAGUGGCAGUCACGCCAAUUUCUUAACUUUAGAAUUUAGUCGUCGUUUAAAAUUACGCCCCUCUAUUUGUCAGACUACAGUUCUCGGAAUUGGGUCUAAUCGAAGCUUCGUACAUGGCCGGGCCAGCACAGUUUGCAUUUCCAAAUUUAAUGCAGCCCAACGGUUUACGCUGGACGUGCUCGUCGUCGACAAAAUUGCUGAUCAACUACCCACAUCUCAAGUCGAUCUAAGUGUUCUCACCUAUAUAAAGAAGGUUCCAUUAGCAGACGAUGAGUUUCAUGUUCCAGGCAAAGUUGAUGGAAUCAUUGGGGCUCAUUUAUUUGCCCAAUUGCUCGGUAGUCAACGCAUUACUGGUCCUCCGAAUACCCAGUUAGCCAUAGAAACAAAACUUGGAUAUGUACUAAUGGGAUGCGCACCUGUGGUUUCCCCAAUUGAUAAUUUACAUAGUUUUUUCCUUACUACGGAUUCCUCGCUUGAAACAUUAUUAAAGCGAUUUUGGGAGCUUGAAGAUGUACCCGCUUUAACAUUUGAAAAUCCGGAAGAUAUAGAGUGUGAAAACUUCUUUAAAUCAACUUAUAAACGGGAAGCGAACGGUCGCUACACCGUAGCUUUGCCCUUUCAAAUAGAUAGUUCCUUUUUAGGUGAUUCGUACGCCACUACCCACCGUAGAUUUUUAUCCCUUGAAAAAAGAUUGGAAAAGGAUGAGACUCUUAGGAUACAGUACUCGAGUAUUAUUCAAGAUUAUCUAACACAAGGUCAUAUGUCUAAAGUAAUGGAACAUUCACCCAUAGAGCCAAACUAUUUUAUACCUCAUCACGCCAUCUUUAAACCUGGGUCUAGCACAACGCCCGUCCGUAUUGUUUUCGACGCUUCGUGUAAAACGACGUCGCUUUAUUCCUUAAAUGAUAUUUUAUUCACUGGGCCUAAAGUUCAAUCGGACAUCUGUACAAUGUUGCUAAAUUUUAGGCUGUUUCAAGUUGCUCUCUCUGCUGACAUUCGGCAAAUGUACCGACAAAUUGACAUUCGCACGGAUCAUCGGAAUUUCCAGAAGAUACUUUGGAGGUUUUCGCCACUGGAACCAAUAGAAGUUUAUAGAUUAAAUACGGUAACCUUUGGAGUUAAAUGCUCCCCCUUUUUAGCCCUUAGAACUCUGCGUCAGCUCGCAAAUGAUGAAGAAUCGUCUUUUCCACUAGCGUCCCAAAUAGUGCGAAGAGAUAUGUACGUGGACGAUCUUGUGACGAGCAUACCUUCACCAAGCGUAGCCAUAAAAUUAUAUUCGGAGUUAAAGGAAUUAUUCAGUAGAGGUGGAUUUCAAUUACUAAAGUGGGCCACAAAUUCUUCAGCUUUGCGCGAAUAUAUUCCUACAGAAGAUAGUAUUACUAGUCCCAUAUACUUUGAGAAUGAUAGCCUUAAGGUUUUAGGUUUAGAGUGGAAUCCCACCUCCGACUUUUUGUCAUUCUCUUUCACCAUAAUGAGUCGAGCGUGUACAAAACGGAAUAUCCUGUCCACAAUUGCAAGAUGUUAUGACCCUCUAGGAUUCCUUGCACCGUAUAACCCAGCGAUGGGAUUUAAUAAACUCUCAAUUGCCAUCUUAGAAUUUAAGAUACCUCGUUAUAUCGGCGUUACUUUGAAUCAGCCUGUAGUCAUAGUUGGGUUUGCAGAUGCGUGUUUAACCUCAUAUGGGGCAGUAGUAUAUCUUGUUAGUAUGGGAGAUAGAACUCAAGGACAUCUUCUCGUUGCUAAGACAAAGGUGUCCCCUGUAAAGGUUGUUACCAUACCGAAACUAGAACUUUGUGCAGCCCAUCUGCUUGCUAAGCUUCUCCAUUUUAUAGUAGAUAGUUACCAAUCUCGUUUAGAUAUUCGCAAACUUUACGCUUUGUCUGACUCUUCAGUCGCCCUUAGCUGGAUUGCUACUUGUCCCUCGAAAUUGCCAAUUUUCAUAGCAAAUAGGGUUGUUCAAAUUCGUUCUCAACUAGACCACUCCUCGUGGUAUCAUGUAGACGGUAAAGAUAAUAUAAGUGAUUGUCUAUCUAGAGGUUUGACUCCUUACCAAUUCAUCAAUAAUCGAUGUUGGGCGAGUGGACCGGAAUGGCUAAAAAUGGAUGUUUCGAAAUGGCCCAUUCGUACAGUCCACGCAAAAGAAAAUCAAUCAGAAAUGAAACUGUCCCUGGUGGCUUCUCAAGGCCAGGAAAAUCCAUUUUAUUCUUUAAUAGCACGUUGCUCGAAAUGGAUGAAAUUGUUACGCAUAGUAGUUUACAUUCUUAGAUUCCUUCGACAAUUACCUAAUAAAAAUAGUAUAUCCGUCUCAGAUUUACGUACUGCAGAAUUAGCGCUUAUCAAAUUGAUACAACGCAAGCAUUUCUCAUCUGAAUUCGCCUUGCUCACAAAGGGGAUUCUACCACCAUCCUUACGACACUUGCGACCGUUUCUGAAUGACAAUCUUAUUAGAGUUGGUGGUAGGCUUAGUAAUUCAGACUUUAAGUUUGAUGUGCAACACCCUAUUUUACUUCCCAAAAGAGAGCACUUAGUAGAUCUUCUCAUCGAUCAUUAUCACCAGUUGAACUUACAUACGGGACCUCAUUUAGUGCUAUCUUUGCUACGACAGCGAUAUUGGAUACUUGCCGCUCGUGGUAUUAUUAGACGCAGAAUUCAAAAUUGUAACACCUGUUUUCGUUUAAAACCCAAACCCCAAAUUCCCAUUAUGGGAGACUUACCUGCCUGUAGGGUGCGACAAGCAAAGGCUUUUCUUCAUACCGGUUGUGAUUAUGCUGGCCCAAUUUCGAUCAUUCCCUAUCGACGAAGAGGUGUUCGCCCAAUUAAAGCCUACAUCUGUUUAUUUGUCUGUAUGGCAACGAAGGCAGUCCAUUUGGAAUUAGUCACUAGCUUAUCUACAGAUCAUUUUCUUCAAGCAUUUAAGCGGUUUCUUAGUAGAAGAGGAGUCGUUAUUGAAAUGCACUCCGACAAUGGGACCAAUUUUAUAGGCGCUAGGGCUUGUUUAAACGAACUAUACAAAUUCGUCUUAUCUCCAGAAUAUAAUGAUGCUGUCCGAAAUGAAUUAGCUAAACGGGAAAUUCAGUGGAAAUUGAUACCGCCCUCAGCACCACAUAUGGGUGGACUGUCAGUGGGAAGCAAACUCCAAAUUGAAUGUGUACUGAACUCUCGGCCUCUAUGCGUUCUUAGUUCUGAUCCGUCUGAACCCACCAUUUUGACUCCAGCGCAUUUUUUAACCUUAGGCCCUUUGACGCAUUUUCCGGCAUACGACUAUAGUAAUAUUAAUAUUAGCAGAUUAGAUCGCUUUCAACUCAUCGAUCGGAUGAUACACGAUUUUUGGAAAAGGUGGAAAUUAGAAUACCUCACAACUCUACAGGUACGAUCGCAAUGGAACACAGAACAUAACCCCGUGCAAAUUGGAACCAUUGUUGUAGUAGAACAGCCAAAUACUCCACCAUUGCAAUGGCCCUUAGGGAUUAUAGAAAAGGUGUAUCCUGGAAAAGAUCAAGUCGUACGAGUUGUAGACGUCCGUACCAAAUAUGGUACUUAUCGCAGACCAGUUAUUAAGGUUUGCCCCUUGCCUUCACAAUAG